AUGGCUAAACUACACGACAAGAGCGAUGCCUGUUGUAAAUCAGAAUUGGAUCUUUUUACUAUCCCCAGUACACAAAUGAGUAUUCUCAAAGGACCUUGGGUCGAAUACCACCCUGUCAGUACCAUCACGGAUGCAGCUCCUAUUGAAUUCAACGUAGGGGGUACCGCGGAAGAAUAUGUCGAUCUCUCUCAAACCAUGAUUCAAGUGACAACCAAAAUCGUCAACCCUGACAAUUCAUCUCUCAGACCAGAUGCUCAGGUGGGACCCGUUAAUCUAUUUUUACCCUCGCUCUUCAGCCAGGUUGACGUGAUGCUAAAUGAAAAAUUAGUGUCGCAACCUUCAAACACCUACCCUUAUAGGGCUUUAAUGGAGACAUUGUUACACUACGGAAGUGAGGCAAAGACAUCGCAGCUUACUCAACAAUUGUACUACAAAGACGAAGCGGGUAGAAUGGACGCCGUCAACCCUUUAGAUGACGAAACAAACGAGGGACUAAAGAAACGACAUACGUUUAUAGCGGGAAGUAAACUCCUCGCUAUGAUUGGACCUGUAUACGCCGAUCUUUUCUUUCAGGAAAGACUUUUACUACCUGGAGUCGAUUUAAAGCUCAAAUUCAACCGCAGCAAGGACUCGUUCUGUCUUCUAUCAUCCGACACAAAUCCAAAGUACAAAGUGGUCAUUGACAAGGCUUCCCUCUACGUCAGGAGAGUGAAAGUCAACCCAUCGGUGAUGAUCUCACACACUAAAACACUGGAAAAAUCAAACGCAAAGUAUCCCGUGAACAAAGUAGAUGUACGUUCCUUUUCGAUUCCUGCUGGUAACAUGUCAGUGAGCAAGGAUAACCUCUUUCUUGGUCAACUCCCCAACCGAAUCAUCGUCGGUUUCGUAGACAACGAUGCUUACAACGGUUCCUAUACCAAAAAUCCUUAUAACUUCAAACAUCUUAAUCUCAACUUCAUUGGUGUCACUAUCGAUGGGGAAUCAAUACCUAUGAGACCUCUUCGUCCCAACUAUGUAGAAGGACCAGGGCAGAAUUUCAUACACGCUUACAAUUCUCUCUUCAUGGGUUGUGGCCGUAUGUUUAGGAUAAAGGAUUGGACAUUGACAGAGAAGAAUAUUCAAAGGGAUACACGCUGUACACCUUUGACCUGA